CUUCUUCUCCUUCUGGAUUCCUGCUCCGUAAGGUACCCCCCCGUCACUAGCAAGCAUACUAAAGAUUAGUCCUGCAGAAUCGGGAGACAGUGGAGCAAACGAGGACAAAUUAUAUGUAUCCAUGUGGUGGAGAUGGUGGCGGAUUCUACAAGGGAUGGAGACAGACACGCGCAGCUCAACCACCACGAGGCCGUCUUUUGCCCACGAUCGACAUGCGCUUUGCCAUCGUCCCCAUACAGACUACAGAGUACUCCGUACAAGAUAUGAUAUUGACCCUGACCUAUCGUUGUCGCUUGAAAACGGUUAAUCUUCUGUUACGGUUCUCCUUCCCUUUAUGUACCCAACUACCGGGGAGGAAAAAACCCUGUCAGGAUGAUCGAAGCUCCCUCCCAGCUUCCAAUGAGGAGUACGGAGUACAGAGAAGCCAAAAAAAAAAAAAAAAAAGAAAGAAAGAAAGAAAGAAGAGGGACUCAGGGAGAAGGGGAAAAAAAAAGCCCGACUGAUCGCCAAACCUAACUAACGAAAGCCAUUUGGGCUCCACUUGGGCAACUUGGAGGAGCCUCGGGUCACCGACUGAGCAAGACAGAAAAGCCCAGGAUUGUUCGAAUCUUGGAAGUGGGA